AUGGACCCCAUCCGCACAGCAACCUUCCUCUCCUUUCCUCCCGCCCUCAUCCUAACGGGCUACACCCUCUCCUUCUCCCACAGCACAGUCCCCGCUCUCUACGACCACAAACCCCAACAAACAACCCCAAUCUUCCGUCUCCUCUCCACCCACUCCUCCGCCCUCAUCCCCACCCUCACCCUCCUCUCCACCUCCGCCUCCGCCUACCUCGCUUACGUCCUCCCCGAGCAACGCCGCGAAUGGACCACCGCAGCCGCAGCAAUGUUCCUCACGGUUCCCUGGCGAGCGCUGAUGAUGGGGAAGGGCGAGAAGAGGUUGGUGGAGAUUAGUAAGGAGGAAAGGGUGCGUGCGAAGAGCGAGAUGACGCUGGAGCAUCGGCAGUUGAUGAUUAGGUGGGUGAAGAUGAAUUGGGUUAACGUGGUGCUGGGGGCUGUGAGUGGGGUGACGGGGUUGAUGGCGGUGGUGGGGCGGAAGUGA